UCGUUAGAGAGAAAGUGGGGAAAGAGAGAGAUGGAGAAGGAGUUGAGGCAGCUUUUGGUGACGGUGUUUCUGUGGGGGACAUCGGGUUUCAUGGUGGCUCCGGCAAUAACUGACGUGACCAUGUCGGCGCUCUGCCCCGCUGAAUAUCAGUGCUCUCUCGCCAUUUAUCUCACCGGAUUUCAGCAGGCCAUAACGGGGGUGGGAGCAGUGGUGACGACGCCGUUGAUGGGGAACUUGUCGGACAAAAUUUAUAAUAUCUUUGUCGGGAGGGGGCCCCAGCUCAGCUGCUUGUACGAUCUCCACGCGUCAUCCUCAAACGUUGACGCGGCCCAGCCCACCAUUCAUUCUAAUCAAACAUGCUCUCCUUUUCGCUUCGCUCCCAUUGCUGUAACUAGCUAG